AUGUUCUCGCUUAUCAUACUGACGACGGGUGUCGUUAUUUCGUUUGUUUAUCCACUCUAUCGCACCUAUGGCUUACUUUCUGAAGAUAAGGGUAGCGCUAGAAAUGGGCCCCAAAUGGCAAAACAGAUAGUGGAGAAUCUCAGCGGUAUAUUGAAUGUUCCUAAGGUCAGAAUGGAUCAAUUGGAAGAGUGUAUUGCUUAUUGGGCUAUUGUAUCUAUCUGCUACUUCAUUGGCUCGUUCAAAGUAGUUGCGUUUGCACAGGGUAUAGUACCGUUUGGGUCUCUUUUAAUGCUUUAUCUAAAGGCCUGGUUAGUGUUUCCUAUAGUUCCCGCUCCCGUUUCUGAGGGUAAUACAAAAGUUACCGGAACCUAUAUCAUUUACCAUUAUUAUCUUUAUCAAUGGUUGGCAGAUCUCACUUGGGCAUAUCCUGGGACAAACGCCACGGAUUUUGGAAGUGGUACCAAGAAUAACUCAUCGUCCAGUCUUGCUAGCUCAGCAACUGUGGAUGGGUUUGAUAUGGUGACAGAUUUGGUUAACGAUAAAAAUUAUAUUCUCAGUGAAAGUACGAGCGGGUCUCAGUCGAUGAAUGAAGAGUUUAGGAACUCGUUCAUGAAAAGUAGGAGGAAAUCGUAUGGAACUCUCAAUAAGGCCAAGGACAAGGCCAAGGACAUAGACCAAUCGGACGGGGGAAACAGGAAAUCCUCGUGGUCAUUUGGGUUUUCGAGUAGGCAUGCAAACCAGCCAGUCAACUAA